AUGGCAGAAAACUUGAGAGUCCCUAUGUUUUUACAUCCGUUACGUCAUACUAUUAUUCUCUUAUUUUUGCACCGUCGCGUUUUCACGCCUCUCGCGGUCAUCUUGGGCUCAUUCCACAAUCAAAACGCCUUGGCACUGCAGGCAUCCGGGCUGGGAUCUCCUCUGGACAGUAACGUGGAUCCGACUGCAAAUGCGGCGGCCACGAUUGCUGCUGCCGCUCUGGUCUCGCGACAGCAACAACAUCAGCAACAGCAACACUACCAGAAUCUUUCACAAACACUGAUGAACUCGGGGUCCGCGUUUGUAUCGUUAGCUUGUGCCUCAUUGAUACCGUAUCCAAAUUCACCACAUUUUCCAAUUCCGGUUAACAAUUUUCUCGGACAACAUUCCUCGACCAACGCGAUGACUUUGAACACGCCUGGACUGAACCAAUCGGCCUAUCUGAGCCCGGCUCAGCUAGAAUACCACUCACAAAUGCAGUCAAAAGAUGCACACGAUGGAAGGAAGGCAAUCAACUCCACACUGGUAAACAGUCUUCCAGCUUCAUCAAGUCCUUUAAUUAACCAAAAUAGUGCGGACGACCCGCACAACUCGCAUAAUUCUCAAUCUCAGCAGCAUCAUCAGCAUCGCCGGACGCAGUCGGCCUUUUUCGAUCGUGCCGAAUUGCGGCAUCUUCCAAGCACAGUGCCAACGGAUUCACCCUAUUUGGAUGAGACUGGGUUAAGUACGGCCGCGUACAGCCCAGAGGUACUACUUAACUACAAAUACCUCUCCCCAUUCCUUGUGCCCGCUUUUGCCACACAAAGUGCUCACGGGAAUCCGCAGACCACGGCAGCUCUUCUUCCUCCGCCCGGCCUUACUCCGGCAUUCACUCUGCCCACCAACGGUAGCGUCUACAGUCCUCUAGAACUGGGACAACCGAAUGGUUUGAUGAGCCCCGUUUCCGCCUUGGUCACAGCCACUAACUACUUACCGACUAGUCUUUCAGCCCCCAUGACAAUGACCACACCGGGCGGUCUGCCAUCCCUUAUGCCCAAUCUGACAUUCAAUUUGCUCAAAACUCUACAACCUCCACCCCAACCGCACACCCAAUCAGCCCAUCCACAUCAGUCUGGACCAGCAUCGGCCCAACCGCCAACGUCCCACCUGCACUUGAGUGCGCUGAACGCGCAGCUUCAAUUGCAGGGUUGGCCAAAUCCCGGUCCGUAUCCGCUGGUGGCUGUUGGUUCCAAGGUCUUCCCCACCCCAGGGAAUUCAUCUGUCUCGGGAACUCCAAACAAAUUGGUCAGUUUGACCAACGAGACCGGCGGAUACCCGUCCAGUGAUACGGCAUCCACUCCCGUGUGGCUAUCACCGCCGAAAAUUCCCCGCCCUCCCACCCCACACACACAACCUACCAAACCCCCAAUCUGGUCCAGUCCUGCCCGCUUUGUUCGACUGAUCGGUUGUUAG